UCGAAAUAAGUAUAUUAUAAUUAUUAAUUAAUGUAAUUAAAUUAUUUAGUUAAUGAAAUUCAAAAUGAUAUUUAAAAAUAUUAUUGUAUUAAUACUCAUCAAUUACACUCUAGGACUUUUGUUUAGUGAUCUUCAGUGCAAUUUUACCAUGUACAUGUUGAAUUAUUUUAAUCAUAAUGGUCGAUAUUUAAACGAAAUUAAUAUCAACAAGAAUAUGUACAAUGAAUCGGAUUUGAAAAUUUACGGGAUCUCAAUUCAAAAUCAUGCCGAAAUUGUUAUGGUAAUGUUAGAUGCGUUAAGGAAAUAUAAUAUUAAAAACUGCACUAACUAUUUCUCAAAAGAAUUAAUGACACUGAAUUUAUACUUCAAUAAUGUUUCGGGAUACACGGACAUGCUUGCAACAAAUGAGGAAGGUAAAAUAGAUCUUUCAGAUCUAAAAUCAAGUAUGCUUGAAGGCUACAUUAUUCUUCAUGAAUUUAUUUCAGUGCAAUUAGAAAAUUUCAUACAGAAUGUGUGUAAAGACGUUUCCUAUGAUAUUGUAUUUAUUACGUGUCCCGAUUACAAUGAAUCCGGCAGAUAUACUUUAGAAAACUUAAAUUUAUCUACAAAUAAACUUAAAAAUAGGUUACUUCAAACUGACGAACUACAAAACAUAACCGAACCUAAUAUAGAAAUGUUGAGAAACAGUUUUAUUUAUAAAGUUUUUAAAUUAACUUAUAAUAUAGGAGAGUAUAUCGAUUUUUUACCAAAAAAAAUACUACUUUAUGAUUUUAUGAUGAAUGGACAGCAAGUAUCCGAAAGAGACUUAUUAUCAGGUUCACAGUCUCGUUACUAUCAAAUAACAAAUAAUAAUCGGCCUAAGUGUGUUUUAGAUAUACUUCGGUUUGCACCUUUGACUAUAAAUUGUAAGGGCGGAAGUCAAGUUACACUAUUUGAUAUAUUCAGAUUUGUCAAGUAUAGUUUUUACAGACUUGAUAUACAAUCAUUCCAUACACUUGUAAUGACAGCAACUUUUCGCCCUAUUGGUUUACUCAUAAAAUAUUACAUAAAGGUUCUAAGUGGUUCAAUGAUUAUAUAUAAUUUCAAUUUUUCAAAUGGAAUUGCAAAAACAUUUUAUAAUAAUAUGAUCAUUAUUGGUAUAAGAACCAUUGAGUACCUACGAGAAUUCAUUGCUAUGGACAUUUUUGGGACUGAUCCAACUAAAUUUUUCAACAUUAUUUUUUCAAAAUUUAAUAUAUUAAUUAGAAAUUUUAUUAAUAUGAGUACAAAUGAAUAUUUUGUCAUAGUUUCUGAUAUUUCGAUAUUAUUAAAUAAGUUUUUAAAUCAAAAUAGGAUAGAAAAUACAAUUUCACAUGAUGAUAUAACAACUGGUAAUAUUGAUAAUUUUUAUACAGAAUUGAUUAAUUAUUUGGAACAUGCCAAGGAAUACAUUUUAGAGCUGAAAAAUAAUUUACAAUAUUUUAAUGCAAUUAAAAUUACUUUUAGUAUUGAUGUUUGGUUAAGAAAUAAGGCAUAUAUUUUACAUCCAUCUACAAUUGAAAACAUGUCCUUAAACAAUAAUUUAAAAAUUAGUUUUAAAAUGACAAAUAAACAACUAGAUAAUUAUUUAUUUAACUAUAUUGGACUAUAGAAGACGUCAUAUUGAAAAUAACAAUGUGUUGAAGACAUACAGAUCAGUUAUGUAAAAAGGAUGUGUAUUUUUCAUUAAACAAUAUAAAAGAUUCUAAUCAUACUCUAAUUGAAAUUAUAAAAAGAAAAAAUUUGAAUCAUGAUAAUCAAUUGAAUAUUACAAGUAAUCAAAAUGUUCAUAACAAAAAUGCAGUUAAUGAAAGUCAAAAAUCUCAAAAUAUGUUUUCCAAUUCUCCUAUAUAUUUAAAUAAUUAUAUACUUUUCUUUUGAAUAAAAAAGUG